AACAACCGAAAGAAAUCCUUCUAUAUCUUCUUUUAAUUCCACCAUCUCAAAAUCGAAACCCUAGAAAUUAUUUUCCCUCAAUAUUUAACAUUCCUUUGGCUUUCUCUUCUUCGUCUCUUUCUCACUUUCUAGUUCGAAUUCCCCUCCUGAAUCUCUUCCAAGGCGAUUGGAUCUGAGUGCUUUUUCAAAACUCCUCCUAAUCUCCUCAAUCCGGAAGAGGAUCUUCAAUUUCUUAAAUUAUUGGGGGUUUUCGGAUCUGAAAAGCUAGGGUUUUCUUUGAUACUUUAUAAAGGUUCGGACUUUUUCCGAUUUUCUUCUCGGUGGAAUCAAAUUAGGGGUGUUUGGAUUUGAUUACUUCUCUCUGGUGAAUUGCGAAGAGGUUUGGGUUUGGCAUCAGAGAGAAAUCUGAGCUGCCAAUGCCAUUGGUUUGGUUUCUAGUGAAAUUUUCGGUUGUUUUUGAGGUACCGAAAACGUCUGAAAUCGUUGACACCAAUGUCUUGGGCAGGACCGGAAGAUAUCUAUCUUUCUACUUCUCUUGCUAGCUAUCUCGACAAGAAACUUCUUGUGCUGCUUCGAGAUGGUCGGAAGCUUUUGGGGAUACUCCGAUCAUUUGAUCAAUUUGCAAAUGCUGUUCUUGAGGGUGCAUGCGAGAGAGUUAUUGUUGGUGAACUUUACUGUGACAUCCCUUUAGGUCUAUAUGUUAUCCGUGGAGAGAAUGUCGUUUUAAUUGGCGAACUGGACUUGGAGAGGGAGGAACUUCCCCCACACAUGACUCGUGUUUCAGCUGCAGAAAUUAAAAGGGCACAGAAAGCUGAAAGGGAGGCCACUGAUCUCAAAGGCACCAUGAGAAAAAGGAUGGAGUUCCUUGAUUUGGAUUGACGAGGGUUUCUACACUCCCGAGUAGUUCGCAUGUUUGUCCGCAAAUAUUAUAGCGGCUGUAAUUCCUUUUUUCAUCUUCUUCAUCUUCUUCUCUGCUUUGGUAGGAAGUUUACUUUUGUUAGAAGUCGGAUACUUCUUAAACUAGAAGUUUAAUGCUGAACCAUUCUUCAAAUUUCUUCGUGUAAUAUUUGUCUGAACUGAAUGAAUAGAGUCUUAAAGGGUGUC